UCUCGACCGAGCGUUGCACAGUGAAUACACGUAACGUUAUGAACGUUCUUAACAGUGCGAUUUCAUUUGUUGCAGUAAAAACGAUAACGAUAUCAGUUAAGUUAAGAUUUCUCAACAACAUGUGUGUGGAUACGCACGCGUAGGUUACGCAACUCAGCCAGUAAAUACAAUACCUGUAUAAAUUUAAAUUUCGUUUAUCAUUAUUGAAAAACAACGUUUAUCUAUUGCGCAUUGUGAAGAUCGAAGUUCAAGUCAUUUUGAUACUGAUUUAUACCAGCGAAGGACUCACAACUUUAGUCGCGAGUGUGAUUGAACAGCGUUCAGGCGAUACUGUUCCAGAAUAUUUGAAGUUAUAAAUGCGGACAUCACAGUAGAAACGAAGAGAAAGCUGUAUUCGAGAAAUCUUGAAUUUUGAUAAAACUCGUCGAAAAUAUUUCAAUCCGAGAAUGGAGGGCGAUUACAGUGAGAAGUACGUCGAUUACAUAAACCUCUCUGGGCUUUCCUGGAAGCGUCCUGAAGGUCCGAAGCGUGUUUGGCGGGUCGUUGACGGUCGGAAAAAGAUGCCGAGUGGAGAAGUACCGAGAUUCAUCAUCCAAGAGGUCCCUGAAUCGAUGGAGGAAGAAUUGGUUGAUUUUAUGACAAAGUACUUUACUGCCGAAGAAACGAUAACCGUAAGCCAGAAAUUGCUGAGCGACCCAAUUGCCGUGAAAGAAAUUCGUACGUUAUGGAAAGAGACGCUUCGUCAGGGGGUCAGCCUCGUUGCUAUCAGGGAGAAUUUCGAAUCCGAUAAGAAGUCUGAAAUUGUUGGAGCCAACAUUCUCUUCGUUUGUACGAAUGAGGACGAGGAUAAAUUGACAAGCGCGAUAGAGGUACGAACGAGAAAAAUGAAGACCGUGAUGGGAACUCAAUUCCGGUUAGCGGCUGAAGUUGAUAUGGCCAAAAUAUACGGAGUUGACAGAUACCUUGGUGCAUUUGGCCUCAGCGUGAAUCCCAGUUACAGAGGGCAAGGUGUUGCAGACGCCCUUCUUCAGGCACGCACCGACAUUGGCCAGGCUUAUCAGAUACCCGCGACAGAGACAAUUUUUACGGGUACCGCAUCCCAGAUUGUGGCUGCCCGGAACGGUUUUGAAGUUCUGGUUGAGAGAAAGUAUACGGAAAUCCUCGACGACGAAGGAAAUGUCGCCUUUCCUGGAGUUGAGCCGAAGUUCAUGAAAGUUAUGGGAAAGAAAUUGUUGAAGGUAAACGUUCGCGUCUAACAAGGAUAGAAAAGGAGGCUUGAAAAAUAGGAACACGUAUCGGUCCACUAUCAUCCGAUGUGCAGAGAAAAACACCGACUUUAUUUUAAGUAUGCAGAUACAAAAAUGUGAUUAUCUGGUUACUCUGAUUUCUCAAAAACAAAGAAACACACGAACUGGGGCAGGGAAGAUUUGCUGGUUUUUAUAUUUUCAGAGCAGUGAUAUUGUGUUGUAUCAUUUCGUAAAUUCUCGUUAUGUGAUCUGAGAAAGGUGAAAAGUGAAUAACGAUAAUGCCAAGUUAUUGGCACAGCAACACAUCAAGACGAGUUAGGUAAUGAAUACUGUUUUACUUCAAGUUUUAGCAACGCGCAGGCUAUUCGAUAACCUUUUAUCGCCUCCAUUUCUUAAACACAAAUUUAACAGGCGGUAAUAUCGCCCACAACUGAAGACAAAAAAAAAAAAAAUAUUUCUAUUCCGCAUAGUCUUGCAAGUUCCAAUUAAAACCAGUAGAAAUCAGACGCGUUAGAUUAGAAGAUGAUAGAACAAUCACCAAACACGAAAGUUAAACAAAUGAAAUCACUGAAACUCAUCUUGAAGUCGAGCAAGCAAAUCUCAACACGAUCGCUCGCAUGAAAAAAUGUGUAAAAGUAAUGGUUUCAUUUCUAGACACAAAAGAAUCUUUCGAACAAGAGACUAGAAGCUCAACUUCGAUAUACUCGUAUACCGGGUGUUUUCGAGGCAAACGAUCUUUCGCCGGUAAAUAGGCAACCGAAGUUACGUUUGAGAGACCGCGUGUCAGAUGUAACAACGAUUGCCUAUCUGCCGGCGAAAUGUACGCAGUGUGGUGAAAUAUUUAUCGCAAAACUGAUCUUGGUAAACUAACCGAACGGUUUAUUCAAUUUCAACAAUUCCAUUCAGUUUACUGACUAUAACUCUCCAUGUCAUAUCAAUCAAAAUUUUCUGUUCACUUAGCAUCUGAUCAGACUAUAACUUUCGUGUUAAAUAUUUGAUGUAGAAAUCCCUGUUGACCAGUAAUACAAAGCCUUUUAGUUGAAGUAAUAAACAACGCAUUUGAAAUUUUAAAUAAAAAUAAGAAGGCUGAGCUCAAAGCUUAUAUCGAUACCAAAAUUGUAGUGAACCGGAAUUCGUUCUCUGACACACUCGGACCUUCUACAUGUCAUUAGAGAUCCUCAUAAUUCCAACCGUCAAUGACAAGGUUUUAGUUUAUAAAAAUGUUUA